GGUGCUUUGUCAGGGAAAAAACGAAAAGAAAAAAAAAAAACCUCUCCUCCCUUCCGCCUCCGGAGCUCCUCACGUCAGGGAUACCAUCGGGCCGCCGAACCCUCUCUUGGCCAGCGCCGCCGCCGUGCAAGCCCCCCGUCCUCCUUCCACCGCAGCGCGACACCUCGAAUUCUUCUCCUCCUCCUCCUCCCCUUCCACUGGACUGGCGUGGAGCGGACGGGAGAUCCAUUCAUCACCAUUUCUUUUGUUGCUGCGGAUUUUCCUGCGACCCGGUGCUAAUCCAAUCCAUCAGCUGGUGGAUUCCGUUCUUGGGAGAUCUUGGUGGGAUGUUCUGCUCGUAGCAGCUUAUUUCCCAGAAAUUUUUGGGGUUCAACGCCGCCCCUGCCAUGGAAUCAGGCGAUACCAAAUUUGAUGCAUCACAGUAUGCUUUCUUUGGCAACAAUGUGGUGGAGGAGGUUGAGCUAGGUGGAUUGGAUGAUGAUGGUGGUGGUGAUGCUGCAUUUGUUGGGCCUGGCGAUGAAGAUUACCCUCCUUAUGGAAGGGAUAAUAUGUUAGAGGAAGCUGUAGGUUCAUUUACUGAUGUUGAUGAUCUUGCUGGAACUUUCUCGAAGCUGACCAGAAUUGUUAAUGAACCAAAUCAGCCAGGAAUACUAAGUCACAGGGGAUCUGUUUCUAGACAAAGUUCUAAUGCAGACUGGGAGCAAGAGUCUGGAUCUUCAUAUUGGACUACGCAGCCUGUAUUGGACACUGAACAAGGGCUGGAUAAGAAGAAUUGGUGGUCUCAACCACCCCAUUUGGCCAACUUCGUUGAUUACAGACUACACAGGACAUCAUCAUCCCCACAGCAAGAUGCUCAGUACAAUCCUACUGAACCUAUUGUUGGAGCAAAGCCAUCUCCUUUGCACAGAACAUCGUCAUACCCACAACAAGAACCUCAAUACAGUAAUACUGAACCAAUUCCUGUGCCUAAAUCAUCAUUCAUUUUGUACCCUCCAUCUGGUGCAGCAUCUCAUUCUUCCCCUGGUCAGCCACAUCAUAUUAACAUGGCAUCUCCUCCCACUGCGUUCCAGAUGCCUGUGUCCAAACAAAAUGAUCGACCUCUUCCCCAGUUCCCUCAUGGUGGUACGCCUCCAGGACCACUAUUUGGUAGGGACCUGGCUCAUAUGGGUUUGAUGGGUGUGGCAGUUAAAAAUGUGCAACAAAAUCAUGUUUUAAAUACUGGACCAAUGCUUGGGAACGGUGCCAGGUAUAUGCCAGGUUUGAUGCAGCAUCAGUUGCAGUGUCCAAAUGGAUUGAUGCCACCUCAAAUGCUGCUGCCUCGUCAAAAACAUGGAAUGCUGCCAAGUCAACAGUCUCCACCACAUUUCUCACAACUACAUGCACAGAUGAUUGGUCCCCAGCACUCCCCACCACAAAGCAUGCAAAUGUUUGGUCCUCAGCAUCCUCCAUCACAAGCGAUGAGUAGAUUUGAUGUGAAUUUCGCUAUGCCUGACUUGAGUGAUCCAAGAGCAAGAUCAAUGCUGCACCAUGGAAUGCAGGGGCAACGAUAUCCUCACCAAGGUUAUGAGCUUAGUAAUAUGAGGAUGGAUAAUGGGUGGCCACGGUUCAGAUCCAUGUACAUGUCCACUGAAGAAAUUGAGAACAUUGCAAGGAUGCAGCGAGCUGCCACUCAUAUCAAUGAUCCGUAUAUCGACGAUUACUACCAUCAAGCUUGCUUGGCUAGAAAAUCAGCAGGUGCACAACUAAAGCACCACUUCUGUCCAACCUUGAUUAGAGAUCCAUCUUCCCGUGCACACAGUAAGGAUGAGCCACAUGCGUACCUCCAGGUUGAUGCUCUUGGGAGGCUCCCAUUUUCUUCGAUUCGUAGGCCUCGCCCACUUCUCGAUGUUGAACAAGCCUCUGCACCAAGUGAUAACAUUGAAAAGUCUGCGUCAAAGACUCUUGAUCAAGAACCUAUGCUUGCUGCUAGGAUCACAAUUGAAGAUGGACUUUGCCUACUACUUGAUGUAGAUGAUAUUGAUCGCUUGCUGCAAUUUAGCCAGCAGCAAGAUGGUGGUUUGCAGUUGAGAAACAGAAGGCAGGCCCUCCUUGAGCAGCUGGCAGAAUCACUGCAAUUAGUUGAUCCACUUGCACCUAAUAAGAAUGCAUCUCUGUCUUCAAAUGAUGAUCUGGUGUUUCUUCGCAUAGUUACUCUACCGAAGGGCCGGAAACUACUUUCCCGUUACCUUGAACUUGUGACUUCAGGCAGCGGGCUUGCAAGGAUAGCUUGCAUGGCAGUCUUCCGGCAUCUAAGAUUUAUAUUUGGUAAUAUGCCCUCUGAUAUAAGCACAGCUGAGACAGUAACUAAACUUGCAAGUGCUAUAUCCACCUGUGUUCUUCGGAUGGAGUUGAGUGAUCUCAGUGCUUGCCUUGCAGCUGUUGUGUGUUCGUCGUCACAACCACCUCUUCGACCCCUUGGAUCCUCUGCAGGCGAUUGGGCUUCUGUCAUCAUAAAGUCUGUACUGGACAGAGCAACAGUGUUGCUCACUGAUCAGUAUGUGGCUUCUACCUACGACAUGCAGAACCGAGCUCUAUGGCAGGCAUCAUUUGAUGCCUUCUUCGGGCUGCUUACACAGUACUGCAUGAGUAAAUUUGAUAGUGUGGUACAUACAGCACAACUACAACCUGCCACUGCAGCAGUUAUAAGCAGGGAAAUACCAGUAGAGCUUCUGCGUGCCAGUCUCCCCCAUACUAAUGAGGAUCAGCGCAAGCAGUUGCUCAGUUUUGCUCAGCGCACUGUGCCUGUCAGCAGUCACAGUUCUCAUGGGUCUGGUGGUGGACCCAUGACAUCAGAGGCUGUCCCAAGCUGAGAUAGUCAGAAGAAAUAAGAGGGAGCAUCAAGUUACUGUUUUGGUACUCUAUACUUGAUAGAAUGGCUCUCAAAGAGGUUUGUUAUGCUUUUCCCGAAAGAAGAGAAGGUUAAACAUGUGAAUAGUAAUAUGAAUCUCAAGAAACAAGAUUAAGAGGGCUGGAGCAUCGAUACAUCAAUCAACUGCUGGUAAUACAAGACUUCAGAUUUAGUAUCACUCUUAAAACAUGUCUGUCUUGAUUAUGUUUGUAGGGUUGCCAGAUGCGUUGCAUGUUCAGCUGUGUUUGGUUACUGCGAAAUUUUUUCUCUGGGCCUGUUGCUCUUAAGAGGAAAACCCCAUGCUGUCUGUACUUGUUACUUGAAGACACUGUUUAAUUGCUCUUCAAGGUGGUAUUUCAACGAGCAGUUGCCUUUUUUUCUGUAGUUCUGUUGGCCUUAAAGAUGUGGAAGUUGUCAUGGCCACAACACGCCCCUCAGAAUUUACUGGAGUCAUUUUGGUUCUUCAGGGACAGUGCUGUUUCUAUGAAGUUUGUAAAAUGGUAGUAGUAUGUUUUGGUUCUGCCCUAGCUUCUCGAGAACAGCAUUAGAAUUGAUGUUGUAUUGUUCUACGCUUGAUGUGCAGAAAGUGGAUAACCUUGCAAGUAUCUUUGUAGUGAUUUUUGUCGUACUUGUGGAUAAAUGCUACCUUCAUUUGACG